CCUAACGUUUGCCUGUCGGAAUCCUGCAGCCUGACACAGCAAAGGCUGAAGCAAAAACAGUAUCGAUCAUGUUCGCUGAAGAGGACAUCUUUAGCCCCCAGUGUGAGUCUUACAGCUGCCUCAGUCUGAGACGUCUUUUCACGAUCAAUGCAUCCAAUUGGGCUCCCGUCUCGUGUAUGAGUUAAACCAAAAAUCAUUGGUUUAUGAGCUGAAUGCGAACGUUGAGCUUCUUGUCUGUUACUCCACAGAGCAAGUCCUCUAAUCUUGAAUCUCUCUCCGGUGUACGAGGAAUGUAAUGAAUUGAAUAUCCAAUUGCUACAAUAUAAAUUAUCAUUUCACACCAGAAAGCAAGAUUGAGCUGCGCUGUGAUAGGAUGUCUCAAUGCUGACCUUAGACCACAUGUUUCAGUUUUACAAUACAUAGUGAACUGCGCCAACCGAUAAUUGUGUCCGAUUAUCAAUACCAGAAACAAUUGAACCGGCGCAAACAAUAGUAACGCAAUCAGCAUUGCGAUUCGGCAAACCACACGCAAGUGCACACGGGUUGCUGAGCCGCACUGAUAUGUCUCGCAACAGGCAUCUAUUGCAAGCGUCUCAAUGUAUUGUAAGACGUCUUUAAACCAAUCUUGUUGACUCAUGGAUGAUGCAAGUCAUUCCAAUUGAUCUAAUUGAAUUGCUUCUUGAAACCCGUUUGUUUCAAGACUUUUGCAAACUUUUCCACGAGUUGAUAUGUAUACACAUAGCGGUGAGCUAAUCGAAAAGGACGUGAUUGUGAGCCACCCGUGCUAUUCUACUUAUUAUGCAAGCGAUCAUAGUAGAAUGAGGCGGAGUAUGCCAAACUCGAGGUGAAGUUGAAGGGCGAAGACAGGCACUAAACGUUUUCGGCACUAGCGCGAACCUGGCCAGUCUGUCCUACUAGCUAUAUAGCCCUCUGCUUCCGCUCACUUUCUUUUCUCUUCUCUACAUCGCCCAUCAAAGCUACGGCCACCCCAACUUAUUCACGGCGCCACCCGCAACACCCUCGUUGCUCUCAGCUCAACAAACCCUCCCAUUUCAUAUUUCACUCUUUAUCAUCUCCAUCCACCACUGCAACAUCGCCAAGAUGCCUGCAAGCACUCGCGUUCGUAACGGCGUCCGCAAGAUCCGCCAAAAGCGCGACCGAGAUGGUGACUUGGUCAUGGGCGACAACAGCAGUGCCCGCCCAAAGCCCGCUCGCAUCCAGCACGAUAAACCCCGCCCACAGACAGACAAGGGGUUCGGAGAGCUCAAAGUCACCGGUUGGACCGAUACCAAGGAGAUGAGCAAACUCCUCGGCUUCCUCGAGCGCCACUCUGCGCGCCGAUCGCCCAACCUUGCAAAGAAUGGUGUUCCUCCAAAGAUGGUCAAGCGACACCGAGUGCAUGAUACCGUCCUCACCAUCUGGGUUCGGCCCGAAGACGUUCCCGCUUUCAACAAAAUUAACGGCUUCACCUUUACCUCGACCCAUGGUACCCAGAAGCUUACCAUUACGGGCCAGGGUAUCCGCUCAAAGUCGCCCACAGCCAUGGAGACGACAAACGAGAGCACAGCCAAACCCAACGAAGUUGCCGAGAUGCUCAAAGCCUUCCUUGGUCGCCGAUACGACGUGGAGCAGAAGCUUCUGAACCUCAACACAAUCGCAGAAGAUGAGGAGGUUGCGAAGAGCGGCAUGUUCGACUCGGCCAAGACACAAGCCAAAUUCUUCCCUGCCUUGAUGACCAUCUGCGAUCAAACCCUCAAGACCACGGCGCAAGACAAAAAAGAAGUCAUCCACAGCGUCACCGUCUCCGGCAACAACCUUCCCAAUGCGGAGCUCAUCAAAAGCCUCGCAACCACUCUACCCCACAUCCGCAACCUCGAUCUUUCCGGCAACAAAUUCGCCAGCAUGAAGGAUCUCAAAGCAUUCAAGAACCGUUUCCGAUUCCUCGAACACCUCAUCAUCGAAGUCGGCCAGCCAGGUUGGGAAGAAGAACUCAUCUCGUGGUUCCCCAAGUUGCGCAUCUUGAAUAGCCAACAAGUCCGCCCCGAUCCCGCCGCCGCCAAAGAAGCGAACGCCGGUAGUGGCCCGUCCUCAGCACCCGCAGCAGUUCCGGCAUCGGAUUCAGUCCCGGUAUUGACUGCAGAGCAAGAAGCAAUGGUCGCCUAUGUCAUCAAGGAGACCAACCUCAAGCGCGAACUUGCCGUGCAAUGUCUCGAGGCAGGAACCUGGAACAUCGAUAACGCAGCUCAGCUGUUCCUUGCCCAAAAGGACAGUCUUCCCGCAGAUUCAUUCAACUAG